AUGGAGAUCAGGCCAAACUGCAGCACUCACUGCGACUCUGCAUCCUGUUUCAUCCAUCCUGCAGUCAACAAGCAGCAGAGCUGGGACAUCCUGCUGAGACUCUGCACUCUCUCUACGAGGGUGGUGGAGGUGCAGAGCAGGUCUCUGUCUCCGGUUCUUUGUGCUGUAGUUUGGACGCUGCUCUCCUGUGGGAUCCUGCUGUCCUUCCUCUUCUUCAUCUUCACCAUCCGCUACAAAAACAACAGGAUUGUGAAGAUGUCGAGUCCCAACCUGAACAUGCUGACUCUGUUAGGGAGUGUGCUGACAUACACCAGUGGCUUCCUGUUUGCUAUAGAGGACAGAUCGCCUGUACAGGGAGCAGGCCCGAAAGCUGUCAUGCAGGCGUGGGUCUGGACGCUGUGUAUCGGCAGCUCUUUGGUGUUCGGGCCCAUCCUGGGGAAAACAUGGCGUCUCUACAGGGUCUUUACCCAGCGUGUACCUGACAGGAGAGUGAUUAUCCGUGAUAUUCGGUUGAUGGGUUUGGUGGCUCUGUUGGUCAUGGUGGAUGUGCUGAUUCUGGCUGUGUGGAGUCUCACCGACCCUGUGAAAUGUUCCCGAUCAGUCAGCGCUGUGGUCAAGGUGGUGGAGUUUGAUGUGCGUUACUCGUUGUCUCAGAUGGCCUCCUGCUCCUCUCACUAUCUCUGACCUGUGGGUUCUUCUCUCUGAGCACUCAAGGCCGGUCUGCUGGUGUAUGGCACGUACCUAGCUGGACUGACCAGUAGCGUUAGCCUUCCUCCAGUCAACCAAUCCCUGACCAUCAUGACCGCUGUGUAUCUGGUCACUGCAUCCACCGCUCUGGCCGUCCCUGUCUCUCUCUAUCUGCACUCGUGGCCCAACCUCGUCUACAGCACGCUCUCUGGAACCAUCUUCAUCUGCACCACUGCCAUUAACUGCCUUAUAUUUGUGCCCCAGUUGACCCAGUGGAGGCAGUUUGAAGAGGAUGUGAACCCUCACCCCAGCCAUAUGGCCAAGUACUUCAGCAGCAAGAGCCUGCGCUCCAGCGAGAACGACAUCUACUACCUGCUCGGAGAAUACGACUCCAUGAAGAGAUUAAUCAGUGAGAAAGACGCAGUAAUAAACAGCCUCCAGGAGCAAGUGAAGAAUGCCAAGGACAAACUGCUGAAGCUGAUGUCUGUGGGCCACCUGCAGGACGAAAGAGAAAUGGACUCUUCCACCACCAACCUCAACUCCUCCUCCACCCAGACUACAGUGGUACCUCCCGAGCCUCCUGCUUCUCCUCUCCCCAUGAGAGAGGUUACACCUCCUGCUGCUGUCUCUCCUCCACCAUAUGUGCCUCCUCCAUCGGCUCCGUCUUCACCUCCUUCACUCUCGUCUUAUGAAACGCCUCCUUCUUCACAGCACAGAGAGUCCUCACCCUCUUUCUCUCCUCACAGUCCAGAUGGGGCUCCACAGAACUCCCAAGUCAGCCACUUGAAACUUGAAAAUGCAGGUUUGAUAAAAGAGUCUCGGCCCAAACUGAACUUUAAAAGCACAUCUGUCAGCGCCAAACCUUCUGCAGUAACAAACAUGCCUUUAGAGUCACCUGUUAACCUGAUUACAUUGCAUGAUUCCACAUCUCCGGCUUGGCCCGGUCCACCUCCAGAUGCAACAGGUUCAGUGGUAGAGUCCAUUGUGCCUUCAGGGGUGGGUCGCCAGGGUUUUGUGAGCAGUGAACAGCUGGAGGAGAUUCUGCACGACUUGAGUGUGGAUGCCAUAAGCAGCUCACUCAGAUCUCCAAACGGAGUGCGGAGACCAUCGAAUCCUGCGCCUAAAAUUUUCUCAUCCCAAUCGGCUCUGCAGUUGUACUUACCCAGCAUCUCACCAUACAUGAUGCGAAAACGCCGACCUCCAUUCCACGCGUGCAGAAAAGGUCCUCCUCCAUACUACUACCCAGGCUCAGCGCCCCCUGGCUGUAGGAGGGUACGUGAACUAAAACCAGCUUCCAGCACUUCUUUGACACACAAGGAAUCCCAUAAUAUGGAAAGCGAGGGAAACGAGGACGAUAAAGAGGAUAGAAGCUCUAGGACAUGGUGUGACUCAAAUUCCCAAUCACAAUCAGGCAGGAGGAGAUCGAGACGCACCCAUCGAGACUGUUCUUCUGUAGGACAGCCCCCAGGUUCUUUAGCAGGGCUUGAGCAGACUGGAGCUGCUGAUUCAUAUGGAUAUUCAGACUCGGAGUCCAGCAGCUCAGAGGAUUACUGCUACUACCACCGGCCGUACUGUGAAGCCUGCAUGCACAGUCCUUACGCCUCCAGCGACAGCAGCAGCUCAGAGACGUCCGACAGCGAGUACACAGAACUGGAUCGCUCCUCACAUCCUGUUGUCAACUUCAAAGAGGACCUCAAACCCACAUUUGUUUGAAUAGAGGGGGAGGAAUGAGACAUGGGGAUCCAAAAAGAUCAGCAAUAAAACAUGGCACUAAACACAAGCAUAUACAUGCAUAUACACACACACACAAACAUAUAUAUAUAUAUAUAUAUAUAUAUAUAUAUAUAUAAAGUAACUACACUGAAUUUCAGAAAUAAAUGCACAGAUUUUAUGGCAGGAAUGCUAGAAUGCAAGUCCAUGUAAGUCUUUCAUCAGAUGGCCUGGGAAAACACUUCACAUAGUGAAAUUGAUCUAAAACAUAUAGUUCUGAAAACUACAGGCUGUAUCUCAAACACAAGUAAAGUUACGUAAGUAAUGAAGCACUUGGUAGCACACUCUUAUAAGAAAAUAAUCCACUGUAUGUUGGCCUGAUGCGGAGUGGAGGGUUGUUAACACCCUGAAGUAGAUUAGUUUCCAGUAACAGCAGACACCGAAGUGUUUUAUUCCCCUUAAACCACAGCAAUUUGCCACAAUUUUUUUUAUUUAUUAACUUUUUAACUGUUUCUAGUUACACUUAACGUUUAACUGUUCUUUCUUACGUUACAGCAGCUAUAAAGCCCUUUUUUCCCUCUAUCUUAUGAAGUUAAUAAGACAAAAAAUGCAGCUUGUUUUCUUACCGGGAAACUGUAAAGCACAAAGUCCUCGGUCGAGAAAACUUAUCGACUGUUCCAAAGCACCAGCACCGGAGACUCUUUCCAUAAAACAUCUCAGAAAAGAAAGCGUCACCAUAUCAACAAUUAUACAUUUUUAUUGGCUUAAUAACAACACUGUAUAUUAUUAUACUUGUGUAAAUUAUCCAUCAUACAAGUCCCUGUAUAUGAGUUAGUAAUGAUAACAUAUUAGAACGAUCUCUGUAUUAUAAACCUUCAUCAGCCAGUUACUGUCAGAGCUGCUGUUAUAGAACAGACUGACUGUUUUUACUGCUGUGUUUCUGCUCUUCACCCAAUAGGAUCUUUACAAGAAGACAGACAAGGCAAGAUUACAAAGUAAAUAAAUGCAUUUGGAUUUCCAGAAUUCAGCCACAGCAACAUCAGACUGGUUUUCCCGGGCCACCACGCGUUAACAUACACGUACAGUAUACAUGGAGACAUUUUCAAUCAUUUUGGCAUAAAACAGUUAUAGUUUUCAUAAAAUAUUCAGACCCCUUCAGUUUUUGCACAUUUUAUUGUGUUAUGGAUUUAAUUUCAAAUGGAUUAUAUUUACUUGUUUGCCAUUAAGCUACAAACAUUAACCCAUAAUGAGUGGGAGGAAGUUUUCAGAGUGAAAAGAAGUUUUUAGAAAGUUGGGAAAUUUAAAAUUUAAAUUAAAAUUAAACUAUGUGCAUCCUGCUUGCUUUGAUUAUCCUGAGAUGUCUGUAACAUGAUAAAAUGAGCAAAAACUGAAGGGGUCUGAUUUUUUUCCAAACCCUCUGCAUAUAUUUCAAGGAACACUCUUAAUGAGCUCUGAUUAGUACCAAAGCACAUAUGAAUCUUGAGCCAUGUUUGAAAAAACUAUCCAAAUUUAACAUGCUUAUGAUCUAAUCUAGCAUGUGACAAAAUGACAGUUAACUUUCCAAUGUGACACAGAGACACUAUUCUCUCUACAUUUGAAUUGAAAUUUUCUUGACUUUAUCCGAUUUAGGGCAUAUUGAAAUAACAAAACCGAAUGAGUGCUGAAAGUAAUUUCCUCCGACCUUCUCCAACUAAUCCAACUUCUCUUGCCUAAUACUCUGCUUCAGUUCUUACCUGUGUUUAGUUUCAUUUCCACAGGUUUGGCACCCAGAAAUGUAAGAAAAAUAUAGAACUGUGGUUUCAUAUAUUACUGGGUUUCAUUAUAACAUAUUUGUAAUGUAACAUGAUGAUAUUUAUGUAUACAGUAGAUUACAGUAUACAUAUACAGUAUAUUUGGGCUAUUGCCAUCUAUUAGCUGAACAGGUCACGCCCACAAACAAUAAAUAAUGACCAAUAUCACUGAUUUAUCACUUUCUAGUGUGAAUGCAGGGUAAUAUCUAUAUGAACUCCAUAUAUAUAUCUAUAUAUGAAGACGACAUUGUAAUUUAAACAUUUCUCACAAUUCUGCAUUAUGAUUUAGCUCCUGCUUUGCACUCUAUACCCCGGAAAUGAUUCAGCUCCCCUGAUUACAUGCUAUACCAUCAUUACCAGCAGGGACACAAAAUGAUGAUACAGUUGUCCUCUUAGCCUCAAGUCUCAUUAGCGUAGCCGAGCUGAAACAGGCUGAUAGUGCAUAAAGGUAGAAAGAGCCAAGUGUAAAGCACUGACAAGGAAAAGGGGCUUGUGUUUACAUUUUAUUUAAUAAAUUCUGACACCUUCAUUUGUAUGAUAUCUUUUAAAAUUUUACACACAAGUACUGUACACACACUUACAUUAUUCUAAUGAAAUGCACUAUGACUGAAGCAAGGCACAUAUUCUGAACUGCUUAGAGAAUUUCCUUUAGGUUGAAAUAUACGAUCAAAAGCUCUUUUCAGCCAUUUUAGCUGUUACUCUCAUGUUAUUUAACACAUCUGUACACAGUCUUAAUCUGUACUGCAGAUGAGUUUUAAUAUCUCUCUUUAAAAAGAGACCAAGCAGAUGAUAAAAUGAUAAAACCACUUCGCUGGUAUGUUUAUUCAUGUCAUACAGUUUGUACAGUUUCAGACGUCUGAAAGGUCAAACUUUAAACUGUAACAUUUGUUUUUGCAUUUCUAUUUAUUCCUCAGAUUUGAAUGUGAGUUUUUCUUUUUGUAGAUAGUGUUUGUGUUGUUAACUAGAUACAGUUUUUUUUUUUAUUAUUUAUGUAAUUUAACACUUUUUUUGUUUUUUGGAAAAGAUUGUUACCAAUGACUGCCUCAACUGCUGUUUUGCUGUGCUGGUUUACGUUAAACUGAAUUGUUGCUUUAACACUUCAGAGUGUUUGCUUUUUUUUUUUAUAUUUGUGUGCUUUGUUACUGUGUAUUAUAGCUUUCCGUUUAUAUUAAUCCAAAGCAUAGGCACUAAUUUAUGAAAUUCAUUGUAUGCUCAUAACAGGUGACAGAUUUGUGAUGCUAUACAAUUUCAUAAACUACAGGACGUGUGCAAAAUCAGAUAUAUUCUCCAAAAAAAAGAGAUUAUACCCAAAGUGCGCAUUUAAGAUCCCGUCUAAUCUAAUUUUGACUGUUGAUAAUACUGUCAUGUUUGCAUGAUAGGAAGCUCCAAUUUAAGGUAUUUGCACUUCAUUACUGUCUUUCUGAAACACAAAUUGUAGAUUGAUUCUAGUCAUAAAGCAAAUUAGGGACAUGGCCACUUUACUUCUGAGUCAUAAUUCCAGUUAAAGCUAUCUUAAAUAUAUUCCAGUAACAUAAUUGAGAGUGUCUUGAAAUACAUUUAGACUUACUGAAAUGUAAAUGUAGACAUUCUUAUUAGUAAGAUUGUAAAUAUAGAUAUCUAGUUGUCAUUCUGAACAGUCAAAUUGUAAUUCAAUGCCGUCCAUUUGCGACAAAAGAACCAGCGCUGCUGAACACUUCAGUCCUGUAGCAGCACGGCACUAAGCUGGAGAACGAAUGUCACUUCAUCUCCUGUCACUGGCUGAAUCCCAAACCACUCACCAGCUCACUGAAAUGUCAGAAUUGUCAGAAUAGUCAAAAAAAAAUGGGACAUGCUACAGCUGAUACAGCUCUACCAGGAUGUCUGAACCACUUCAACUCGGAGGAGCAGUACCUUCACUCUGAGGUUCUUCUGCAUUGUCGAGUUCCUCACUGUAUCACGGAGAGUAAUCCCAGCAACCAUGUAGAAGAACCUCAUUCCCACCUCCCGUAGUUAGAACGGUGGUUCUCAAACCAGUUCUCCCCAAACUUGUGCUAACUGUGCAGUUGUCUCUGGUUCUGUUUGAGAUGUAACCAGUAAGGACACAGUGAAUAGAAUAUACAUGUGUAAAUACACAUAGAGGUGGAACUGAAUCUGCAUGUGUGAGCUUUUUGGCUAUAAAUAUGCUCUAGUACAUAACUAAUUGAAAUUCAACACACCGCUGGAUUGUGAUGAAACAAUUAACAUGCCACAUCUGUACGCUAAUACAUUUGAAAUGCAAAAUGUUCUUAUUACUCAGCGUGUCUAUUGCUCGUCUACGGUUAUUGUAAUUAUGAUGUCCUGGGGCUGUAUAGCAGGGACAAAACAAACAAAUCCAUAGACAUCAAACAUUUUGGAGAAGAAAGUGUAUGAUUACUGCUAUAUUUUCAUGUUUAGUCCAUGAGGGUCUUCUUUACAUUUCUGAAGCUUCAUACAAAGCUGCCUUAAUCACCUCAGCACAGCGCGAUGAAUAAUAAAUAAGAAAUGAAC